AUGAAACUCUCUUCUUUCGCUUUAAUUCAAUCUGCUACAUUGGGUUUCUUGGCUACCGCCAACGCUCAAAUUUUUUCAAACACCUCUUCUGUUGAACCAUCUUCAACUCCAACUUCUCCAGUCACUGGUCUUGAUGUUGCUGAUAUCAACAUUCUAAACGGCUGGACUGGUUCUAAGGACUCUUACGACCGUUACGCCCCAUUCAUCUUCACAAUUGACAUCGACGCCGCUGAAACCGGUUCAGUUUGGUUUGCUCCACCUGCAGAAUUCGGUGGUUUCCCAGAAUCCAUUGAAUUCGACUACGGUACUAUUACCAACGACGGUAACAACUUCACUGUUGAAUUUACCUCCGUUCCAGACAGCGGUGCUGCUACCAUCGAAUUCGUUGGUUCUUUGACUGCUGACGGUAUCGCUGGUAUUCCAAGCCCAGAUGUCGUCACAUUUACUUCUGACUCUUCUUCCGGUUCUUUCUCUGACAACAUUAACUUCCAAGCUUUACCAGAAACUGCCUCAUCAAACGUUGGUUUGAUUGGUGGUGACUUGUACUACUCCAUCAACGUUCCUGUUGCAGUCUUCGACGGUAGCUUAUCUGUAGCUUCCUCUUCUGAAGAUGGUUACUCUUUCGACGCAAGUUACUCUGCUGUCUACUUCGUCGGUACUGAUGCAUUCAACAAUGGUACUUUGACCGGUGCUGAUGGUGUCAAUGAAUCUGAGGAAUCCUCUGUCCUAGUUUCUUUCGAAGGUUCCAUCCCAGAUGGUCACGUUGCUGUCAGAGUCGUCUACAAGGCCAUCAUCUCUGGUUCCGCCGAAAGUUACUCUAACACCGCUGACUUGUCUCUACCAAGCUUGCCAGGUGCUCUAUCUAAGAGAGACACCACUAUCACUUUCACUUCCACCAUCUAUGUUACUGGUCCUUUGGCUGGUACCGUUGAAUCUUCUUCCUCUUCUGUUUCUUCUGAUGACACCGACUCUUCUAGCGAAACCUCUGCCACUGAAACAUCUGGCGAACCAUCUGCCACUGAAACAUCUGGUACUGAAUCAGGCUCAUCUGAACCAACCACUUCUGUUGCUACCGCCACCGUUACUGACUUGUCUACCACUGUCAUCACCACUUGCCCAACUUGUACCGGUUCUCACAAGACUACUGACGUCUACGUUUCCACUGUUACUGCUACUGUCAGUGGUAUUGUCACUGAAUACACUACCUACUGUCCAAUCAGUACCGUUUCUAAGGUUAAGAGUCACGAAGGUACCGUCGAAACUUGUACCGUUAACAUUCACGAAGUCACCAGCGGUGUUUACACUGUUAAGACCGAAUACAUUCCAAUUUCCAAGGGUACUACCGUUACUGACCUGUCUACCACUCUAGUCACCGUUUGCCCAACUUGUUCUGAAAAGACCGCUACUGGUACCACUGCCCCAGUUGCCCCAGGUACUACUGAGACCGGUUCCCCAGCUGCCUCAGGUACUACUGAGACCGGUUCCCCAGCUGCCCCAAGUACUACUGAGACCGGUGCCACCGCCGCUCCAGGUGCUACUGGUACCACUGCCCCAGUUGCCCCAGGUACUACUGAGACCGGUUCCCCAGCUGCCUCAGGUACUACUGAGACCGGUUCCCCAGCUGCCCCAAGUACUACUGAGACCGGUGCCACCGCCGCUCCAGGUGCUACUGAAACCACUACUGUUGAAGGUGAAACUGGUGUUACAACGAUUAAGAGUGUCACUGUUGUUACUGGUGCUACUGGUGCUACUGGUGUUACUACCGCUGUUGGUACUACUGGUGCUCCAGGUGCAGAAGGUGUUACCACUGCCGCUGGUACUGAAGCUGGUAAGCCAUCCAGCAGUAUCACAACUAUCAGAGUUUCCACUCAAUCCGGUGUUUCCACUUAUGAAGGUGCUGCUGCCAACGUGCAGGCCGGGUUGGUAACCAUCUUGAUGGCUAUCGCUGCUUUCGUCUUAUAA